AUGAAUCAAAGUACAACGGGAACUACUCCCCAUGGAUUAACAUUCUCAGGAGCGUUUACAUUUGGUGAAUCGCAAAGAUUACCAUGGGUUAAAAAAGAUGAUGUGACUGCUAGCAAACUGGAAGUUGAGGGAUGCAAGAAAUUCGAUGAUCAACUUAGAAGAACUGAAUCUAGAAUUUCUAGUAAAAUAUCAAGGAGAAAAUCUAAUCUCCCACAAGAUGAUAAAUUGAAACCUGUGAAAGCACCUAACCCACCUGUUGGAGCAUACAACAUCCAUAAUGUUUAAGUUAUUGAUGAAGAAUAACUUAAAGUUCUUUUGGAGAAAAAUUAAACUAAAGAAUAACAAGAGAAAAUCAAGUAGAUGUAUACUAUUUAAACAUCAAUGGGUAAAAGAUUAUCUGGAGGCGAGUUGGAUCUUCAUUAAACAUGGGCAAUUCACAAACCAGAAGUUGUGAAGGAGCAUCCAAUAGGUCCUGGUUCAUACAAUCCAUCUCUGUCGAAUCAACAUUCAUAGCCUGUUUUUGGAUUUGGCUACAAGUAAGAAACCAAAUGGGCAAAAGAAGGGCCAUCGCCAGACUAAUACUUUAAUUCUGAAACUUUCAGCUAAUUCAAAACUGCCACUAGUUGGGCUACUAGAAAAGGAAAGAAGACUGGAUUUGGAACUGCCAAAAAAUUAUAAUUGCCAAAAUCAAUUGAUGUUGGACCUGGAGACUAUAGGGAAGUAUCUCAAGAGUUAGCCCCUAAAUAUUCCAUACCAAAGGCAGAAAGAGAAUUGCCUUCACAUAAAGUUGUCCCUAGUCCGGAUACAUAUACACCAGCUAUGAAUUAAUUUAAAAAAGCUUUUAGUUUUGGUCAUAAAUAUAUUCCCAUUUUGACUACUGAUUAUUUUGAUCCUGGACCAGGGGCUCACGAUCCAAAACUUCCACAUCCUUCCACUGCCAAAGAAAUCAAAAUGCUCAAAGAAAAUAGAUCCUAACUUGUUGCAAAGGAAUCAUAAUUGAAACCAGGACCUGGAACACAUGACCCUUAAUUACCUGCCACUCGAAUUUCACAUAGCAAAUCAUAAUUAUCUAUGGGAACUGGUGAUAGGUACAAUCCAAAUACUGAAUUUCGACUCUCAAGAGAUAGAGUACCUUCUCCAGGAAAAUACGAUAUCAACUCAAGUUUGUAAGGUCCUAAUUAUUCAAUUCGGCUUAAAUAUGAGCAAAGAAAUCAUAAUGCCACUCCUGGGCCAGGUUAAUAUGACCCAGAUUCUCAACUUGUUUCAGAUUCAUUUACUAAGCCUUUUGAACAUUAUACUAAGGCCUAAACAGCACAUGCCAGUCUAACAAAAGGCAAUAGAUCUGAUCCAGUACUUUCGAAAUUUAAAAAUAUUGGACCUGGUAGCUACUCAUUGCCAUUUAACACAGGUCCAAGAUCAAGUCUCGGAAAGGCAGCUAGAUUCCCUCCUAAGGAAAAAGAAGAGAUAGGUCCAGGGUCCUACUAUAUUACAGGAACUAUUGGAAUCAUACCGAAAUAUCAUUUUGAUAGAAAUAGAGAUAAAAUGCAGUCCUCAUUUUCUUAAUUUGAUAAAUUUAGUAGAUGA